AUGUCCUCGGCUCUGCGACAAAACAUGUACGGCGUCGACUACGGCUUCAAGCUAGAGGAUACGAAGCCCCCCCAGCCAGACCCGCUGGCUCCAAUACGAUACUCCUGCGUCUUCUGGGCUGGUCACCUCCCCGAAAACGGCGAAAGCCCCCGGUCCAAGGAGGCACUGGGGGAUGACGGAAUAGUGUUUGCGUUUCUAAAAGACAGGCUCCUUCACUGGCUCGAAAGUCUGUCCCUCCUGGGAAAGCUCCCGGAGGGAAUGCAUUUGAUAAGAAAGCUUCUGCACAUUGUCCAGGGAUCAAGUCCCAGUCGUCAACUUGCUGAGUUCUUGCAAGAUGCCGAUAAGUUUGUGCGUAGCCAUGCACCCAGCAUUGACCGGGCUCCCAUGCAGACGUAUGGUUCCGCACUGGCAUUCAGCCCGACGACAAGCAUUAGAUCAGAUUGGAACGCACAACGGCAGACGCUCGAGGGACAUGGCGACGUGGUCACGGCCGUGGCCUUCUCGCCCGACGGCAAGACGCUCGCCUCGGCUUCAUACGACGAGACUGUCCGGCUCUGGAACACGGCCACGGGAAGCCAACGGCAGACACUCGAGGGUCACGGCCGUGUCCUUCUCGCCUAA